AUGAUGAAGUAUAAUUAUUAAUUUGUCUUGUUGACUGUUUUUACCAUAUUUACUUUGGGAUUCGGGUAAUAAACAAUUAUUAAUGAAUCAAAUGUUUGUGAAGCUAAUUAAUGCUCGAGCUUAAUCAGCUCUUAAGUAUUUAAGUAUAUACAAGAAAUUAAAACAAUUGAAACAGAUUGCGUUUAAAAUUGUAGUGGAUUGCAAUGCAUCAUAGAAUGCUCUUCAAAUAAGAUUUAAAACGCUGAUUUACUUAAAUUUAAAAAGUGCUUUGAUAAUGAAUGCUUACCUAGUACUUUAAUUAAUAAUCUUUAGACCUUAAAGAAUCUUUUAUCAGUAUCUAGUGGAGGUGAUUGCACUGCUUCAUUGAGAAACUAGUGCAAACCUUGGAUUGAUUACUACCUGCAAGUUUGCUAAAUCUAUUAUUGCCCUAGAUAAUGUUUGAUUAAUUGGGUUCCUACAGAAUGCACACCUUGCACUUAUGACUAUUGUUGA